GGGAGGGAGGAGGAGAAAAAAAAUGGCGGACGAGAAAGGAGGCGAUGUGAAGCUGAAGCGGCCGCGGCUUGACGGAGGACCUGAAGAAGAGGCAGAAAAACCUGUGAAAACUAAGACUGUUUCUUCCAGUAAUGGAGGGGAAAGCUCGAGUCGUAGUGUGGAAAAACGUGCAGCUGAUGAAGAUGCUGAAGACUUCUCAACAAAGCCUGCUCCUGCCAAAAUGUCCAAGUUUGGGUUUGCCAUUGGCUCUCAGCUUUCAAAGAAACCACCUGCAAUAUCCAUCAAACUUGGAGCAAAUAAACCUAAGGAACCUACUCCAACUUUAGCUCCAAAAACACUCUCUGUAGCAGCAGUAUUCAAUGAAGAUGAAGAUAGUGAACCUGAAGAGAUGCCUCCAGAAGCUAAAAUGCGUAUGAAGAACAUUGGAAGGGAUACUCCAACUUCAGCAGGACCAAAUUCUUUCAACAAAGGAAAGCACGGGUUUUCUGACAACCAGAAGUUAUGGGAGCGUAAUAUGAAAUCUCAUCUUGGAAAUGUUCGUGAACAGGAUGACUAGUUGUCUAUUUUGAUCUGGGUGUUGGGAAAUGGGAGAGUACAAUAUUAAAGGAAUAGUGCCCUUUUUUAGAAUGGUAUACAGCUAUUUUGGUGCCACUUUUAAAAGUUUGUAGUGGUACAACAACAAAAAAUGAGUUUAAAAGUAGAGGUAACUUAUGUUUUGUAUAAAAAUUUCAAAGCAAUUGCUAAUUUUGUAGCUUCAUGCAUUUAAUUUCACAAGGUAAUGGAAAAUAAAGGCAUUGGAAGUGGUACAUUUUAAAGGAAUUUUCUUUUUAUAAUUAUUCUUAUAUGAAGAUAGAAAAAUCACUCUGUCUUUAAUCAGUUUUAAGUUAAAUGCUGCUGUAUUAAAAAAUCCAGAUCCUGUUCUGUGAUAGGUUUUUGUUGUUUAUUCCUUUAGGCUACUUUUAUAGAGGUUCAGUACAUCAAGUCUUGCUAGACUGUUUUAAUCCACAUAAUUCUGUAAAAUAAACUAUUGCAAAAUAAUUUUACUACA